UCAUGCAGACAUCAAACCGUUCACGACUGUCUUUGUCCCUCGUCACAUCCAGUAUCAUUAACCUUUCGCGCUGUGCUGGCUCGUCGGCGUCAAAAAGUCAAAAAUAAUACCUAGGUACAGCUCAGAAGCUCCAGAAUCGGCUAAAGUAUUGUCUCUUUUCGUGAGGGCGCUAGAGCACGUUGGCGAUUAAGUCAAUCAAGGGGAAGAAAACAAUUUUGGGACAUUCUUUUCAGCGACUUCACUCAUUAUCGUCCUGCGACUGUCUUGCGUCUUUGAUUGCAAGCCUAUCUGUCUGGACAUUCAACUUUCAGAAUCUGCUCGCGGCAGAUGGACUGCAAUCGCCGUAUCAAUGUUCCGUCCUGAUACCCCUGAAAAGCGAAUCCAGAGGUACCGGCGACUGCGAAGUCGAACCACGAAGGAGUAGCACCGACAAUCCACACAAUUAUUGCGAGGCAAUGUCGCUGAAUGGUUUGGAUGAUCAGAAGAUCAAAGAGGCCCAUGAUACUGCGGUAGCAGAACCAGGAGGAUGGUUCCUCCUCAAGUACAUAUCUAGGGACGAGGUGGAGCUGUUGGGUCGAGGAAAUGGAGGAAUUGUUGAGAUUCGCAAUGCCAUUGCACAAUAUGAAGAGCCGUCGCCGUUGUUUGGGUUCCUGCGGUACAGGAGGAGAAAUGUGCUGAUCAAAUAUGUACCCGAGGAAUGUUCCAGACUCGUGCAAGCUCGAGUAACGGUACACUUCAACGCGGUGACAGAACGGUUUUCUCCACACGAUACAGUUUUCCCCAUUGCAACCUCCAAAGAACUUCGAGACACAACACUUUCUGCUGCUUGCUCUCUCCACACCGCGUCUGGCUCUACUUCUUCAUCAACAAGCUCUCUACGACGAAGGCGACUAAUGGAAAUUGCUGAGGACGCUGAGGAGGAAGUGCGGGCUAAAAGACAAUCUACAGUUCCUGAAGAGCGACCUCAAACCGCAAAGACAGGCUCUGUAACUGGCACACAACCACUUUCCCCUGCGCAACCUGAAUUACCUCCUUCUCUUGUACCUUCUACGAAUCACCAACCCAGCACAGAAGCUGAAGCCUCCUUACCUCCACGGGAUACACACUUACCUGAAAUCAGAUCGCGCUCCCCAACGCGAUUGGAAGGGGAACCGAGGAAGUCUUCACAAUCGACGCGACCUGAAAUCUACAGCUACGCGUCUUACAGCUCCAGCGGCCGUCCAAAGGUCAAGUUGGGUCCAAGACCGUCUCUUGAUGUUGGUGGUAGACCACAUACCUCUGGAGCUGCGUCUUUCUACCGUCCGGUAUCUACUCUUCCUCCAGGUUUGAAGUUGUUCUCGAAAGGGUCCAAGAAGGAUAAGGACAGGCCAAAGUCACAAUACACUUCAGAUACUCCUAGCAUGACACUCUCUCCUCCACCCAUCCCCAAUUCCAUGAUGAAUCCUACUCAAGAAGUACCAGCUAGGCCUCAUACCAGCGGCGGCAGGUCGACUGUACAUUCAGGCAGCUUUAUGAAACCUCUCCCCUCACCAACAUUCUCUACAGCUCCAAAGACCCCUGGCAUAACCCCGGAGAGAGCAAGACUCCUCAAAGCCAUGGAACUUCGAAAGAAACAGAUGAGUGCGAAAGUUGCACCGCCCCAGGACAUAGCCUCACCACCACCGAGUGAGCAAUUGUCAAGUCCAGUAUCCGAAGGUCAACGAUUGUCUAAUGGUGCUCCCAAAGUAGUUCAUGAUACUUUGGUCAUUCUUGACGACAUGGCAAAGGUGGAUGACUCUGCAAUUGCUUUCGAUGCUAGGUCUACACUUAAGACGGACGAAUCAGAUGCCACGAGAUCUGAUUCGUAUCCAGUCUCCCCUGUCGGUCCGUCGGAGCGGGCCGAGAGUACCAGAGCUUCCUCCAUCUCAGAAUCAACAGACGAGACUGUGCAGGAACCUGUCCAUGCUAAGGAAGUUGCUGACCAGGAACUCGAUCUUGACGAACAGAAGGUUGAAACAGAGGUCCGUGACGAACCUGAGAAUAUCACGCAGGAAAGCACAGACAUUCCAUUGUUGAAGCCAGAAGAGCAUCAAGCACCUUCACUUGCACUACUCAAUCCCGUCAGCACUCCAUCGGAGAUUAGACAGCUCGAGCCGUCUGUAGAAGAAAUGCCUACACUGAUGGAGGAUUCUGAGUCAGCACAGCUACCGAAUGAGGUUCCACCAGCAGAAUCGAGUACAGCAGCAGUUGAGGACAGCCUGGCGAGCCCAGAUACUUCUUAUCCAGUUAAAGAGAUUGUGAUACCCGUGGCCGAGCAGCUGGCUCAGCCUCUUGUUCAGGAAGCCCAGCUUGAACGAGAGUCAAUUCCAUCACCAGUUUCGCCUGUGAAGCAGAUGAAGAUACCAAGAUCAAAAUUCAGUGUCCAGGAUCUCCGAGCUGUUGAUAUCGCCCCUGAACAGCCAACAGCACCAUUACCCUCUUCUAACAGCAGAUCCACAAUGCUUCCAGCAGAGAAAUCACCUGUUGCAAGUUCUUUCUCUGACAGAUCACUGGCAGAAGAUGGCCAACCAAAGAAGCGCCAGAAGCGAAAAGGCAUUGUGGAGCCUAUUCGGACGGAUCUUGACCUGACGGACAGGAGUGGCGCAAACUCCGAUGCUCAUUUCUCAGAUGAUGACGAUCUCAUGGAUGAGCUAUCCUCAGCAGUGGUUGAAGAGGCCAAGCCAAUAUCUGUGUCAAAGUCUCCAAUUAGCCCGGUUUUCCCAAGCCCAAAGAAGCAGAAUAGGUUCUCCCGUGUCUUCUCAGCGCCAAUGCGAAAAGAGUCCUCGCAAUCUUCGAUGCUCGACCCGUCGGAUGCAAAUAAAUCGACACCACAAAGAUCACCGUCCAGAUCCGUAUCAGCGGCAGCGUCUUAUCUCAAUCGCAUCAAUCAGGAACCUGCUAAGCCGAUAGCCAAGACAGUCAACCUUGGGUCUGGAAUAUCACAGAGAAUUAAGGCUCUAGAGAAGUUGUCCAGCUCGGCUACACCUCCACCAGGAUCAACCGCACCACCGCCAGGAACAUCAACAGCAUUCUUCUCGGUUCGGAAAGCUAGCAUUCAAGCUCCUUCUAAGUCGCCAUCAAUCGCUGAGCGGGCUAACUCACUAACGCGAAAUUCACCAUCACCCUCAGUAUCUCGAGAUUCGUCUCCAGAAACCUUAAAGAUUCGAGAACGAUCUGGCUCUAUACAAAACCGUCUCGAUGCGUUUAAAUCAAGUUCGACCCCAACUCCAGCACCACGAUCUCGGCCAGAAUCCAUUUCCGUUACUGCACGGAUUAUCAGAGACCCAGACCAGCCAUUUCCUGCAAAGUCGGAAGCUGGUAAAGAUCCUGCGGAUUACACGCCUUUAAAUUUAAAGCAGUCUCCUCUUAUUAUAGAUCACCAGAAAGCAAUCGUGGAGCCUCCAAAGGAGACAAUCCAGGAAAGACGACUUUCUAAGGAGAGGCGACUUUCGAAUGCGUCCAAAUCCACUACCAAGGAACGCAGAUCAUCGAUCACCAUCAUCAAGGAUCUCAUCAGUGACCGAAGAACCUCGUUCUCAGAGCGCCGUCGGUCGAUCAACCUAGAAAUCUCUGGUGUCUCCUCGCCCGGAGCUCGGUCACCAUCCCGGCCACCCUCCGUACAUGCCUCUCCAGCCCAUCAUCGACCCAUGUCUAUCAGUAGCCGCAAGUCCACGUCAAGUCGUGAUCCUGGAAACGGACUUUCGCCUCCACUAACCGCGAAUUCCUUGUCAUCGAACGGAGAGGACAAGCCUGACAAGAAGUCCGGCAGAGCCAGUCGAAUGAUGAGGAGGAUGUCUUCAUCGCUUUCGGCCGGACGAAAACAGAUAGCGGCUGUCAUGUCUCCUACUGUUCGAGAAGAGAAUGAGCCUAUCCACGGAAGUGACUCCCAAUCACUGACGCCCUCAUAUCCUUCAAAUUCCUCGAUGUCUAGUGUCAGCAUCGGCGAUGUCAAUGUCCAGUUCCCGGACUCUUUGUUGUGGAAGCGUAGAUCAGUGCUUCUCGAUUCUCAAGGCUUUCUCCUCCUGUCGCCAGCACUCACUGCACAUGGAAGUGGUAGAGAUAAGUCAGCUGGUGGAGCUCUUCGUCGAUUCCACCUGAGCGAGUUCAGAACCCCAUGCAUCCCGGAUGUAGAAAUGCAGGAAUUACCGAACAGUGUCGUACUGGACUUCGUUGAAGGAGGAGGACUACAAGUUGCAUGUGAGGAUCGAGCCGGCCAGGCACGUGUCUUACAAAGUUUGUUACUACUUAAGUCCCAAACCCAUUGAUUGUUUUACUGACGAGAUUUAGUCCUUGUUGAAGCGCACCGUACCUGGGCUGCAUAUGGUCAAUAGUACCUUCUCAGAGUCGUCUCACUGUAAUCAUACAACACCGGUCACAUACUGACGCUUCUUCUUGUCCAUAUUUUCUCGCACUCUUUCACCACCACCUGUUCUCACGUUUUUACGAUGCAUUUUGUUGCAUGCUGGAGGCCACGUUCUGCUUUUGCAUCAUCCGGGGCAAAGCCCAAUAUACCAGAUCUCUUCGAUCAAACCUUGUUGAUUCUCUUGUUUAGGGUUACGUUAAGUAGGAUAAAUGUCUGAAUACCGACUAGUGGGCCCGUUUUCUGAAAUUUUCGGCCCCGCAUAGGCUGGUGUUUGUGGGGAGUAGAAUGGAACAUUUGAGAUUCAUAGACUUUUGAUUCCCCUCUUGAUGUGAUUGUGAC